GUUGUGUACGGCAACCGUGUUGAACGCUCUGACUUUGUCUAAAUAUUUUAUAUUGAUAUCGUUAUUUAAAAUGAAUAUUUAGCCAUCCAUUGUGCCUAUCAUAAGAAUUGAUCACAUUAUCUUAACGUGUGAUUGAAAAGAGGCCAAAUAUUGCGUCAUAUAAAAAUUGAAAAAUGUCAUCAAAACAUAUACCAACGGUAGACUCGGGAGCCAGUGAAGAAUGUCCUUCGUUGCUCGAACGCCACUACAUGUUCAACGGAUGUAACUUUUGUACGCAAACAUUUUCAACGGAGACCAAUUUUCGAUAUCACAAAUGCCACAAAUUCAACAGUUCCCGUGAGAGAAUCCCAACCACGAGUGACUUGCUCAACAAACGCCUAAAAUUAAAAAUGCAAGCAAAAUCCAUGGGAUUGUCGUCGAAAGAAUAUAACCAAGUGCACCAGUGUAAUUUUUGCUAUGAAAUAUUUGUGAACGAAACGAAUUUUAAGGAACACAUGCAAAUGCACAUUAUGAACGAAAUGAUUGAAUGCGAUAUAUGUGAAAAGCGACACGUCAGACAGGAUGAAGCGGAUGAACAUCGAUUGAAUCAUUUUGCAACCGAUAUAAUGCAAUGCAAAUAUUGUCCACUAAAUUUUAAGUAUCGCCAGAACUUGUGGAAACAUGAAGUAACGCAUAAAUGGAUUGAAUCGAUCGAAAUACAUUCGCCACUCGAAUGCAGUCCUUCGAAAUUAAUUUUUCAAAGUGUUGACUAUCAAACUAUGCCCGUGCAUGAUCAAAGCGAUAGCAGCCAACAAAUGUCAGAUGCAGAAAUUGAUGAUGAUGAUGAUGCAAUGAUUCUACCAGAUGAUUCAAAUAUCGCAACUCUAAGACUCAGUGAACAAUUGAUGGACAUUCAAGCAGUCGACAAUGAGUUACAACGUGCAAAUGAUGCACCCAUCACAAUCGGCUCAGACCGAAUUUAUAUGAUCAGUUCGGAUUUUGAUUCGAAUUGUUUAUAUCCAAUUAAAUGCGAUUUUUGCGAUGAAACAUUCGAAGAUUAUUACCAGAAACGAAACCAUGAAUGUUUCGUACAUUUGGAGCUAAGAGUGGAACUGUGCCCAAUUGAAUAUGAUCCUGAAUUGACGGCAAUGUUGGAACCAUCUACGGUCGUCCUGGAAAUUAGCGACGAUGAGAUAGAUGUAUGAUACAAAUUGAUCGAUUCAAUUCUGAACAGAAGACAAGACAUACAUAAUAAAACGUAAGAUUUAACCGAAAUCAAAUAAACCAGUCAUGGAUAGGAGGCUUGGGAAUGCUCUGAACAAACUUAUUAAGACAAUGAAAUAUCAAACAUUUUUUAUAUCUCAUAGAUAUUUAGUCCAUAAUAACAUUGAACAUCUUCAAUUGUCCAAAUAAAAAGCAAAUAUUUUAUGUGUUUUUUUCAACGAUCGAAAUA